AUGGCUGGCGCAAAGAAGAACUUCAAGGCGACCAAGAAAUUCGAGUCGAAACAUCUCAAGGGUGUCCUAGACCAGAGAAAGGCUGCCGCCAAGGUCAAGCAACGACAACAGGUUCAAGCCAAGAAGCAGGGCAGACGCACAAAAGAUGCAGAGUUUAUCAAGGGCCCCGCCGACGGCGAAGACUCAGAGAAGCCGAAGCGCGACUCAAAGACUGCCAAUGUCGGCGAGAUGAGCGUCGACGAUUUCUUUGGCGGUGGUUUCGAAAUCAUCGACAAGCCACAACCCGGAAAGAAGGCCGCCAAGAAGCUGGGCAAGCGAAAGCGAAAUGAUCCCACAGAUGGAGCCGAAGAUGAGGACGGCUCCGACAUGGAGUCAGUUGACGAGAAUGAUGAGUCGGGCGACGAAGAGGAACUUGGUGGCAUGAGCAAAGAGGCCAUGGACGCCCUGGCCAAAGACGACCCCGAGUUCUACAAAUUCUUGCAGGAGAACGACCCCGAAGCUCUGGAGUUUGAUAACGCCGAUCUAGCCGAGGUCGACGAACUAAGCGCCGGCGAGGAAGAGCCACCAAAGAAGAAGAAGAAGAAGGAGCAAAAGGCUGCCAAAAAGGACGAAUCAAACGACCAGUUUGAGGAGGACACCGCCGCCGAUGAGCUGACGCAAGCAAUGGUCGCCCAAUGGAAAGCCGCCUUGACUGAGAACUAUUCUCUGAGAGCCGCAAGACAGGUUGUCCUUGCGUUCCGAUCUGCCGCACACCUUAACGACACGGACGAGGAGGGCCACACAACUCAACGUUAUUCCAUCUCCAGUCCGGAAGCCUUCCACGAUAUCCUGAUUGUCGCACUGAAACAAAUUCCAGAGGUGCUUGAGCACCACGUUCCGAUCAAGGAGACAGCUUCUGGAAAGGUGCACGUGCCGACAGAUUCUAAAAAGUUCAAGGUUUUGUCCUUGCUACUGAAGAGUUUUACUUCUGCGAUUCUGCACCUGCUUGGUACUCUGUCAGAUGAUGCUACAUUGAAGUUGACUCUCGCCGCACUCACUCCCCUAGUGCCAUAUCUUUUGAGUUUUCGUAAGCUACUGAAGAACCUCAUCAAGACAGUUGUCGAUUAUUGGAGUCAGUCUACCAGCAGCGACUCGACCCGUAUUACUGCAUUCCUGGUUCUGCGAAGAUUGGUGGUUGUCGGCGACAAGGGUAUCCGUGAAGCGGUGCUGAAAGCCACAUAUCAAGGCUUGGUUGCUGGAGCUCGUGUCACUAACGUCAACACCAUUCAAGGCAUCAACUUGAUGAAGAACUCGGCAGCUGAGCUCUGGGGCAUUGACCAAGGCAUCGGAUACACGACUGCGUUCAGUUUCAUUCGUCAACUGGCAAUUCACCUGCGCAACAGUAUUGUACAUAACAAGAACGACUCUUUCAGGAAUGUCUACAAUUGGCAGUAUGUGCAUUCACUCGAUUUCUGGUCGUGUGUGCUAUCAGAGCACUGUAAUCCUUUGAAGGAGAGCGAGGCUGGAAAAGAAUCGCAGUUGAGACUGCUAGUAUAUCCCUUGGUUCAGGUCACUCUGGGAGCCAUGCGACUUAUCCCCACAGCAAUUUACUUCCCGCUGCGCUUUCACAUGACUCGAUCACUGCUUCGUAUCUCGAGAUCGACUGGAACCUAUAUUCCUUUGGCCUCUGCACUUCUUGAGGUCCUCAAUUCGGCGGAGAUGCGGAAAUCACCCAAGGCUGCUACUCACAAGCCUCUGGAUUUCCAUGUCAACUACAAGGCACCAAAGGCCUACCUGAGGACACGUGUAUACCAAGACGGCCUUGGAGACCAACUUGUGGAACUAUUUUCAGAAUAUUUCGUGCUCUGGUCGACGAAUAUCGCUUUCCCCGAGUUCGCGUUACCUGUCAUAAUAAUGCUCAAGCGAUGGCUCAAGCAGUCACGGAAAGUGAAGGUUGGCAAUAACAACAACAAGCUCCGAGCUGGGUUGGUGCUUAUAGUGCAAAAGCUAGAGGCCAACACCAAGUUCAUUGAGGCUAAGCGGGCUAAGGUUGAUUUUGCCCCCAAAGACAGAGCACAGGUUGACGCUUUCCUCAAGGACUUUGAGUGGGAGAAAACGCCUAUUGGUGCCUACGUCGUUGCCCAAAGAAAGGCGGGAGCUGAGAAGGCUAAGAUGCUAGAGCAAGCUCGUAAGGAUGACGAGAAGACGAGGAAGGAGGAGGAGGAGGAGGCGCUGGCUGCCAAUGGCGUAGAGGAGGAGGAUGACGAGGAUGUUGACAUGGACGAGAACGAUGAGUCCUCUGAAGAAGAUGAUGACGAAGAGGAUGAAGACGAUGAAGAGUAG